UUUUUUUUUUUUUCUUUGUCGUGUUUAUGAGGCAGCCAGGGUUACCCAGGUAGGUAGGAUACCCUAUCUGCAUGCUAGGGUCACCCUGUCAGGGGGGAUUAACUUUUUCCCUUGUAAACACUCCAGGUAGGGUUAACCUGCCUACCCGGGUUAACUUUCAACUUGUUUCCAGACCCUUUGAGUGUAACCACGCAUUAUGUUGUCCUGGGUUGUAGGGUUCCCUACCUGUGAAAUUUUGCCUGUAAAACUGGGUUAUCUUUUGUCCUCCAGCUAGGGUUAACCCGCUUGCUAGGGUAACCCUCCCUCCUUGUAAACUGGCCCUUAAAACAAUUUCUGAAACUCCAAGUCUCCUCCAUUGUCCGAGGCCCAGAUGAGGGUAGCGGUGUUAGGGAGUGAGAAUUUUUAUUCUUACGCAUAAUUUAAUCUGACAUAUUGAUAUGUAUUAUUGUUAAGGUACAUCUUGAACUACCUCCGCAAUGGUGAGCUUCUUUGCCCAGACGACAAGACAAUCCGAAAAGAACUGCUUAAAGAGGCCAUGUUUUUUCAAAUCCAAGAAAUAAUAGAUCAACUGGACGUUACCAUAUCUCCAUUUGAAGGUUCCUUAAUAAUAAAGGAAGAAAGCCACCAGGCAGCUCUUAUGUCAUGGUUGCCAUCUAAUUCUACCUGUUCUCUGUUGUACCGAGGUUCCACUGAUGGGAAAAGACCUGCAGACUUUCAUCGUUGCUGUGAUAACAAAGGUCCUACUCUUGUGCUGAUAAAAAGUGGAGAAUAUAUCUUUGGUGGUUACACCUCAAAAUCAUGGGAAUCAGCUGACAAAUUUAAAGCAGACGACCACUCUUUCCUGUUCACACUGAUAAGUCCUUCUGGAACUCAGCCAAUCAGGUUAUCUGCAGAACCAAGUGCUGAUCGCGAUAAUGGUGGUAUACUGUGUAGAACACAUUCGGGGCCAUGUUUCGGAAGUAAAAGUUACUUCAACCUUGAAGUAUCUAAUGCUGUUGAGGGUUACAAUUAUCUCCGAGCUACAAAUACUGGAUUCAUCUGUCCUCCAAACGUUACACGCGCUUUUACCCCCGAAGAAAACUUCAAUAUCAGGGAAUUGGAAAUAUUCAAGGUGAAUUUUGAGUCUUAAGUUUAAAUCCAUUUUUGACUUAUUUUUUUGGUGAAAAAAUACCGGUACCUCUCAGCUAGUUGGAAUGUCAGGACCAGUGGUCUUCAAUGGUUGGUUGGGUGGACGAUGUAUGUCUCUCAGACCUCUUAGAUCAAUCAGAUUAAAGCUACUAUGAACAACCAGUCCAUUAUGGAUUUAUGCUAUGAAGUACGAACAGAAAUCUUGAAAUCAGCGAAAUCGUCACUUUGAGGUGGUCGUGGAACUAGCCAGCACUAUCUUCGUUUUUUCGAAGCUAAGGUUCAGGUGAAGAGUAAGUAGGUACUUUUCUGUUGAUAGCGAUCAAAGUUUAUUUUCACCACCUCAUAUAAAUUAUUUAUGUAUAUUUUUUUAUGUUUCUCCGAUGUUCAACGUUGAGGUUUGAAGAAUACGUUUACGACGAGUUGAAGCUAUGCUUUAUUGCGAACGGUCAAAAUGUAAGCUUAUUUGUUACCGCUUUGAUUAUAACUAUUUUAGUUACUACAAUGUCUAAUCAGACUGACUUCUAAUCUUAAAACCUGUGAGGUCUCAGAGUGAGCUAGAGUGGUACCGGCAGAGGUUUUGAACUUUUUUAAGUCUAGUGACAGCUAGUUUUCAACAAGACCACUGGGCCAGUUUUAAAACUUGCUUUUGUUGCAAGCAAAUGUAACAGCUCAUUUUAUUUUUAGGUACAAAUGGUAAUUAAUGAAACUUGUUUUUCAAGGAUGAGCGGUUGUAAUGAAAAUUGACGAAUCAGUGAUUCUUGUUGUUACUUGUAGUUCCAGGAGCAUUUUGAUAUAUAAUUUGCACCAAUUAGUGUUCCAAUAAAGAGAAUUUCAAAACA